CGUGGUUAAUCUUGCUGUAAAUUUUUUGAGUUUUCUGGAAAGUUGUUUAAUUUUUAGUUUUCAUAGUUAUUAGGUUGGUUUGGUGGGUUUUUAGACUGCUACAGAGUGAGUAGUCUUGUGCUUCAUAGACGAUCUUCGGCCGCGGGCUGCACCAGUAGGAAGGCGCCUCUUGACAGAGGAAAGGACGGGACUCUCCGGGCGGCGGGCUGGUCGGUGGAGGAGCAGCGGACCGUCAUGGACAGGACGGCCGUGGUAAAGGUCGGGGCCGCGGCCAGUGCCAGCGUCUGUGCUCUGUUCGGCGGAGUGGUACUGGCGCAGUACAUCGUCGCCAAGAAGAAGCGAGCGGGCAAGAAAACCAGGAUCAUAGAGAUGAUGCCUCAGUUUGAGAAGACGACGGUCCACAUGAGGGACCCUGAGAGGGUGGAGCAGAUCAUCUGUGGUCUCAUCAAGGGAGGAGCUUCCAAACUACAGAUCAUCACAGACUUCGACAUGACGUUAAGCAAGUUCGCCGUCAACGGCAAACGCUGUCCGACGUGUCACAAUAUCAUUGAUAACUGCAAGCUGGUAACAGAGGAGUGCAGGCAGAAGCUGCUGCAGCUGAAGAAUAAAUAUUAUCCCAUCGAGAUUGACCCUAACCUCACCAUGGAGGAGAAAUACCCGUUCAUGGUGGAGUGGUAUUUUAAGUCCCACACGUUACUCGUGGAGCAGCGGAUAGAGAAAGACAAGCUGCCAGAGGUGGUGAGAGAGUCUGACGCUGCGCUCAGAGAGGGGUUCGAGCAGUUCUUUGACCGCCUGCAGCAGCACAACGUGCCUGUCUUCAUCUUCUCUGCUGGUCUGGGCGACGUCCUGGAGGAAAUCAUCCGCCAGGCCGGAGUCUACCACCCCAACGUCAAAGUGGUCUCCAACUUCAUGGACUUUGAUGAUAAUGGCGUCCUGAAAGGUUUCAAAGGUGAGCUCAUCCAUGUGUACAACAAACACGACGGCGCCCUGCGGAACACAGAGUACUUCAAACAGCUGAAGGAAUACUGCAACAUCAUCCUGAUGGGCGACUCGCUGGGGGACCUCAGCAUGGCCGACGGAGCCCCCAGCGUGGAGAACAUCCUCAAGAUCGGCUUCCUCAACGACAAGGUGGAAGAGCGAUUGGACAAGUAUCUGGACUCUUAUGACAUCGUCCUGGUGAAGGACGAGACUCUGGAAGUGCCCAAUGCCAUCCUCCAGAAGGUUCUAUAACUCCACCCCCAGGUUUACCCCCCACCCACCCACCCAGCCAGCCCACUCCUCUCCUCCCUCCCAUCCCUCCCAGCCUCUGGCCUGUCAGGCUUUUAACACCGACCUAAACCUUUGUCUCAGGUCCAGGCUGGUCACUGUCAGACCCCUCGCUCUGGAUCCCACCAGCCGUCUUCUGACUCUGUCUGAUUUGUGGAUGUAAGAAACAGAAAAACAGUGUUUACAUAAGCUUUUUCAACCCGGUGUUCUAAUUUGGCUUCAUAUCCACACACAGAAGAAGCAGCUCUGUAUUUUACAGGUGAAACUUUCCUUUAAUGGCAAAUGCCGCUUUUUCUUUGUGAGCCUUUGAGUUUCAAGUGUUCUCCAUGCCAGUGUUCAUUGGGUAAAAAGGCAUUAGGUUAUGCUGAUCUUGACCUCUAGUGGUCAAUAACAGGAACUACAACAGUAAGAAAAAAAACCUUAAACCAAAGUAACAGGUUGAUUCCUGCAGUGUUUAAGUGCUGCAAAAUGACAGUGGGUAUCUAAAGUAUAGUUUAGUUCAUUGUUUCAGUAAACAUAAAACGCACACCUGUCUGUGGCUCAGUAAAAUCCACCUUUUCAGUCUGUGGUAAACGUAGAGCACUACCUCUGAAAUAUUCAUCUUUGGGUUUUUUUGGGAGGUUCAAAGCUAAAAUGUCACUGUCUGCAUUUGUCUCAACAUGUUGUGUUGAAUGUUCCCUUUGACCUUGUAUGUGUUUUUAAAUGUGCUGCUAUCACCUGCAUGUUGCCUUCUCUCAUUGUUAAGUUUAUGUCAAAGAGAUGGGAGAGUAAAACAAAUAUAUAAAUAUAUAUAUAUAUCAAUAAAAUGGAGAAUAAUGUCAUAAUGUAUAUGUGGGCAUCAUAUGGAAAUGUAUAUUGUGUCAUGGCAUUUGGAGAUAUUUCCAAACAUAUAGACCGGUGUGUUGUAUUUUUAUAAGCAGAUGGCUUUCUCUUUUCUUUGAUGGUGUGAACUGAAAAUGCAAUAAAAUGUAAUUUUGUGAGCCGUGA